AUGUCACAAACUAUUUAUGUUAACGAAAAGACAGGUGUAGACAGUGCCGAAACCAAGGGUACUCAAGAACAACCAUACGCCACCCCAGCAUUUGCAUUGUACUCCCAACCAGAAUCUAAACUUUUUGUCUACAAACAAUCCGAAGAAGAUAAGGAAAAAUUCGAAUAUGUUGAAAUUUCAGCCUCUGCUUUAAAGAAAGCCAAGAAGGGUGUUGAAGGUUUAAAGAAGAAAGCCGAAAAGCAAGCUAAGUUGGAAGAACAAAAGAAAGAACAACAAGCUGCUGCUAAGUUAUCUGCUUUGGACUUGUCUUCAAUUGAAGAAGAUCAAUCUUUACCACAAGCUAAAAAGAUCAAAUUGAGAACUAUUCAAGAAAACUUGGAUACCAGAGUUCUUGUUCAAGGUUGGGUUCAUCGUUUGAGAGUUCAAAAGGGAUUGGCUUUUAUCACUUUAAGAGAUGGUACCGGUUACCUUCAAUGUGUUUUGACUGGUGACUUGGCCAAGGCUAGACAAACCCAAGAAUUGACCAUUGAAUCCACUGUUGCCAUCAAGGGUGUUAUUUCCAAAUUGCCAGAAGGUAAAACUGCUCCAGGUGGUGUUGAAUUAAAGGCUGAUUUCUAUGAAAUUAUUGCUUUGGCUCCAAGUGGAGAUGACUCAUUCACCAACAGAAUCCAAGAAGGUGCUGAUCCAAACUUGUUGUUGGACCAACGUCAUUUGACCUUGAGAGGUGAAACUUUAUCUGCCGUUAUGAAAGUCAGAGCCGCAUACCUGGCUGCUAUCAGAAGAUUCUAUGCCGAAGAAGGUAUCACUGAAGUUACUCCACCAUGUAUGGUUCAAAACCAAGUUGAAGGUGGUUCCACUUUGUUCAAAUUAGAUUACUACGGUGAAGAAGCUUACUUGACUCAAUCUUCCCAAUUGUACUUGGAAACCUGUUUGCCAGCAUUGGGUGAUGUUUUCUGUAUCCAAGAAUCUUUCAGAGCCGAAAAAUCUCACACCAGAAGACACUUGAGUGAAUACACCCAUAUUGAAGCUGAAUUGGUAUUUAUUACAUUCCACGAUUUGUUGGACCACUUGGAAAGAUUGCUUACUAAAACCAUUCAAUACGUUUUGGAAGAUCCAGUUGCUGGUCCAAUUGUCAAGCAAUUAAACCCAAACUUCAAAGCCCCAACUACUCCGUUCAAGAGAAUGGAAUAUAUCGAAGCCUUGGACUGGUUGAACGAACAUGGUAUUCCAAACGAAGAUGGUGAAAAAUUCAAAUUCGGUGACGAUAUUGCUGAAGCCGCUGAAAGAAAAAUGACUGAUACUAUCAACGAACCAAUUUUAUUGAUCCGUUUCCCAGCUGAAAUUAAAUCUUUCUACAUGCAAAGAUGUCAAGAUGACCCAAGAGUCACCGAAUCUGUUGAUGUUUUGAUGCCAAAUGUUGGUGAAAUUACUGGUGGUUCCAUGAGAAUUGAUAAAUACGAUGAAUUGGUUGCUGCUAUCAAGAGAGAAGGUUUGAACUUGGACAGUUACUACUGGUUCACCGAUGUCCGUAAGUAUGGUGGUUCUCCACACGGUGGUUACGGUAUUGGUUUGGAAAGAAUGCUUGCCUACAUGUUGGACAGAUUCACUGUUCGUGACUGUUCCUUGUACCCACGUUUCAGUGGUAGAUGUAAACCAUAG